AAAGAGAGAGAGGGGGGGAGAGAAAAGGAAAGAUAAAAUGAUUGAAAGAUAGAAAAUAUGUGAGAGAGAAAGAGAGAGAGAGAGAGAGGAAGGAAGAAAGAGAUAGAAAGAAAGAAAGAUACGGUGAGAAACAGAAAGAAGUAGAGAGAAAGAGAGAGAAGGAAAGAAAAGAGAAAGAAAGAAAUAAAGAGAGGGGAAGAAAGAAAGAGACAGAAAGAAAAAAGAAAGAAAGAGACAGAAAGGAAAAAGAAAGAAAGCGAUAGAAUAAUCUUUUAAGAGUUACUUCCCUUUGUUUAUGCCCUUCUUUCUGCUGUAAAGUCUCUCUCUUUCUUUCUCUCUCUCGACUCUUCGGUAAGUUUCUUGUUAAAAUAAUAUUUACAGAAUCUAUGGAACAGCGCUUAGGUUGGACUGGUUUUAUAUCCUCUCUUAUGCAACAUAAAUGGUCAAUGGUCAACCAUUGGUCAAGACUCAGUUGGAAGAUGUUACCUACCAAGUAUGUUCUUCAUCAAGAAAGUCUAGAAUAAUUUGAGGACACCACCAAUGGCAGAUUAUGGCACCUUACAGGUCAAGACACACUCGGUACUGGACGACUAUAUAAUCUACUGGAAAGAGAAGUUAGGUAGUGGCAGCAAUGGACCCGUCAGGUUGUGUAAGAAAAAGGCAACAUCAGAGAGGUUUGCCGUCAAGUGUCUACCAGAUUGCCUACAAACCAGGACAGAAGCGAAAAUCCACAUCUUGUGUAGCAAUCACCCCCAUAUCGUGACUGUCUACGAUGUCUAUGUGAACAACAUCCAGUUCCCAGGAGAAUGUCAUCCCAAACCUCGUCUCUUAAUGAUAAUGGAAUUGAUGGAGGGAGGAGAGUUAUUCGACCGAAUCAGCAGAGAAAGAUGUUUCACAGAGAAGAGAGCCACCUUUUAUUUAAAACAGGUAUAUGUGUGUUCAUGUGUAUGUAUUGUGAAUCAAAAAAUGGUUGAGACACAACUAAUCUAAAUAAUUCUUAUUGCUUUCUACUUUCAGGAUGCUUUAGUGAAGCUGACCGACUUUGGUUUUGCAAAGUUUGAUAAUGGUAAAUUAAUGACGCCACAUUUCACCCCUUACUAUGUUGCUCCGCAGGUAUUGGAAGCCUACCUGUUCCAGAACCAAAUAAAACAUGGUAUUAUACAGACCUCAAAGCCAUGUAUGUAUGAUAAGAGUUGUGAUAUGUGGAGUCUUGGAGUGAUCCUGUAUAUAAUGUUGUGUGGUUAUCCCCCGUUUUACUCAGAAACUCCUUCGCGUCCACUAAGCUUGGCAAUGCGUCGGAAAAUCCUCACUGGGCAGUACGAAUUCCCAGAACAGGACUGGGAGUUCAUCUCAAAUUCGGCUAAGGACAUUGUACAGAGCUUGCUACAUGUUGAUCCUGCCCAGAGAAUGACCGUUGGCCAGCUGGAGCAAACUCUAUGGCUGAAUGAGAAUGCUCCAGACACCAUUCUCCAAUCUCCAUGUAUAAUAGCCAACAAGACCGUCCACGAGGACAUCAAAAUGGUGCAUUCUGAUUAUCUGUCUACGAUGCGUCAGUCCGCGAACCACGUGAAGUUGAAACCAAUCGAGGACGUCACGAACCCCAUCAUACAGAAGAGACAGCUCAGGAAUGAAUCUGAAAGUGAGUUGACAGAGAAGCUCGUGAGGACAGUAACGAAGAAUAACACAGAGAACAUUAAGUUGAAGGCCCUUCGUGAUAUCAUAGCGUAUUGCAUACUGCCCUCAGCAGUGGAAGAAGAUGAGAAAACCAUCACCAAUCUAACCAUCCGUACUUUGUACCUCAAUAACAACAAUACAGCUUUGCUAGACAUCUUCAAAUUGUGGGAUUGGGACGGUAGGUAUAUUUCACUCUCGUACUCCCUUUCUCUCUCAUUUUCUUAUUCCCUUUCUUUCUUAUUUUCUCUCAUUCUUACUCUCUUUUUCUCUCUCAUUCUCUCUCUUACCAUCUCUUACUCUCUCUCUCCCUUACUCUCUCUUAUUCCCCCCUCUCCCUUUCUCCUUCUUGAUUCUCUUUCACCUCUCAUCUUCAAUUCCUCUCCCACCCCUUUCCCACCACUAUCUUAUGUCUCUACUUGAA